AUUUGCAUUAUUUUAGAACAGGACAGAAGGUGGCAAGGAACCAUGGGUAUUUCUGCAAGUAUAGCAAAUUCCUCUCGGAAAUAUCGCACUAAUGAAGAAUUGCCUCCUGCUCAGAAGUCAUCUAAACAUUCAUCUAUUGAAGUAAGUGAUGAUGAUGACGAAGAAUUGAGAAGUGUGCAAAGCUUCAGACCAUCAAGCCCACUGGCUCAUCAAGAUGCAAGGUCCUUUGCUUUUGAUAAGACUUACACAAAACAGUAUCGUCCAAGAAAUCAAGUGGACAGGCAUAGUUACCAUGGCAAUUUGGAACCUAUUCGUCCUGGUAAUAGACACAUAUACCAUCCUGGCAGUUUAGAUCGUGGUUCCAGAGAUGGAAAUGGUUCAUAUUCCACAUACAGUGUGAGAGAGCCACUCUCAAGGGCUUUGGUUUCACCGAGUACCUCAAGCAUCUAUGGGUUGCAGCCUAGACCUGCACGAACCAUGAGAGAUGUCAGAGAGUAUUUGUUUCACCAUCCAGAGCUAUUAGCUGGUAAGAAGAACAAGCAAAUACAGCAAUCUGUUGAGAGUGAUCUGUAUGGGCUCUCUACCAAUCACAAGCAGAUGAAAACUAAACAGAGUGUUUAUAUGGGACUCAUAAAAGCUCCCAUAAUCUAUGGAGCUGGUGCUCGACCAGAUCAUAAGCAGCUUAAGGUUGAUCAAAAGUUGUACCUCAACCUUGUUUACCCUACAUUAAAACCCAAAGAUUACCACAGUCAGGUCAUAAGAUCUCGUCCUCCCCUUAAACAGGAAGGCAUGGUUGUUGUGAGGAAAGAUGAUUAUCUACGGCAGCCUAACAGAUAUGUCAAGAGGCCUCUGCCACACAUGCUGGUGUCAAGAGUUCCAGAAGCCCCUAGUGGAAAAAAUGUCCUUGGAUCUGUGCAUCAGGAAAGAACUAUUUCAAGGGGGGAGGCUCCUACUUCCCACAGGAGUAGAAGUCAAUCCCGAAGCUUAACAGGAAACACCCCUCAAAAAGCAAAAAAUGACUAUGUUGAUUUUCCUGAUGUUGUUAAUAAACCACUCACAAGCAGGUCAGUUAGAAAUGAACCACAAGUGCUAAGGGACAGUCAACAGAUGAAUGGUUUUGUUAAGUCAGGGAAUUCACAGCAAAGGACUCCAAGACGUGUAAAAGAAGACGGUGAGGUUGUAUUCACCUUUAAUGUUGAUGAACUUAAUUUGAGGAAAAAGCCUGAAAUACGUCGGUUUGAACAUGACAAGGAAAAAGGACAAGUAGUGCCACUUUACUUCAGGAAGUCUCUGGCUUACAGCCCAAAGUAUGAAUAUAGUGAAGACCUUCUGUCAAGUCCAUUGUGA